CAUAGAGACAAAGUCGUGUUGCCAUUGUUAUUAAGGCUACAGGUGAAAGCUCUGAAUCUUCGACUUCUCUUAGUGUUGUUAAAUCUGUACAAAAUGUUAAUCCAGGAGUUCCCGCUAUUGCAGCCUCAAAGCUUUCACCGCUUCCUCCUGAACCUGUUGACUAUUAUGCCUUUGUCAUGGAUUCCCUGAAGGACUGAUAGUGCAUUGAAGUUUGGGUGGUUUUUCUUGAGUUACGUGGUAUUAUGCCAAAAAUAUUACCGGAGAUAUCUAUGAAUCUGGGUGGAUUAGUGAGAUGUACGGUUAUUCUUUUGGUACAGUAGAGUAUGUCACCCGCUAUUCACGAAAAUCCUUACGAGUCCUCGGUAGUGUAGGCGAGCCUAUAAAUCCUAGUGCAUGGAGGUGGUUUUUCAAUAUAGUUGGAGAUUCAAGAUGCCUCAUAUUUGACACUUGGUGGCAAACAGAGACAGGUGGCUUUAUGGAAUCAUCCUCUGCUCAAUAUAUAUUGCAGCAGUACACUACAGCUUGCGGAGGACAAAAGCUUCAGAAUGCUGUUGUCAAUGCUUAUGCAAUGGGUAAGGUGAGGAUGUUAGCUUCUGAUAUCGAGACAGCCACAAAGGUCAUAUAGAAAAGGAAUUCCUCCAAAGCUGCAGAGUUAGGUGGGUUUGUGCUCUGGCAGAUGAAUCCAGAUAUGUGGUAUGUGGAGCUGGCUCUUGGUGGCAGCAAAAUUCAUGCUGGAUGUAACGACAAGCUUGUUUGGAGGCACACACCGUGGCUAUUUCAGCCAGAAAACUGGGCUCCUUGUACACCUUGAAGACUCCCAUUUGACUCGCAUCCAAAGCAAUGGCACGGAUGCUGUGUAGUUGGUUUUUCU